CCUGCCCCCAGCAUCACGAGCCUCCAGUGGGCUGUCCUUGUGCCCUGGGUGGAGGCCAAGCCAGGCCCAUAAAUAGGGGUCUCCCCGGUAGCCUCCGCGCCUCCCGCCCGCCUCUCUGCUUGCGUUGCCUGCUCAGCUCUGGGAGAAUGGCCGCUCUGAACACGCUGUGGACAGGGCUGGCCCUGCUAGGGAUCCUGGGGGUCCUGCAGAUUCCAACCCAGGCCCAGGCCGCCCUGCAGCCCAACUUCCAAGAGGACAAGUUCCUGGGGCUCUGGUUCACCUCGGGCCUCGCCUCCAACUCGAGCUGGUUCCUGGAGAAGAAGAAGGCGCUGUCCAUGUGCAAGUCGGUGGUAGCCCCCGCGGCGGAUGGUGGCCUCAAUCUCACCUCUACCUUCCUCAGGAAAGACCAGUGUGAGACCCGGACUCUGCUGCUGCGUCCUGCAGGCCCCCCAGGCUGCUACAGCUAUACCAGUCCCCACUGGAGCAGCAACCAUGAGGUGUCCGUGGUGGAGACCGAUUACGAGGCCUACGCCCUGCUGUACACCGAGAGCUUCCGAGGCCCCGGCCAGGACUUCUGCAUGGCCACGCUCUACAGCCGCACCCAGGCCCCCAAAGCUGAGAUCAAGGAGAAAUUCGCCACCUUCGCCAAGGCCCAGGGCUUCACAGAGGAUGGCAUUGUUUUCCUGCCACAGACCGACAAGUGCAUGGAGGAGCACACAUAGGUGACCCCAGCCCUCAGGACCUGGCCAUGCUGCCCUGCUCGGCCUUUUCCUUCAACUCCCCCAAGACCCCAGCCCCGGCUCCUGCACCACCGGCCCUGCCCCCUCGGGCU